UGGCAUGCGACUUCGUGCCAAAGCUCCAACAUAAAGCAGCAACGUCUAUCUGCGCAGAGCCCCCCCACAUAGAACAUUUCUCUCUGUGUCUCUCUCUCGCAGAGGAUUCUGUUUGAUAGAUCUGCGUAUUGUAAAGAUCCAAAAAUAUUCAAGAUGGUAGGUGGUGUCAUGGACAACCAAAAGGAGAAAGCUGCUUGGAUGUCUGUACCACAAUUUGGCGAUUGGGAUGUAAGGUGCGGCGUGCCCGACUACUCCAUGGAUUUCUCAAAGAUAAGAGAGUCCAGAAAGCAGAUUAAGAAAGACUUGUGGAGAUCCAGUGUUGGCAACGAAGAAGAGCUCAUUAUUUCCCAUCCCCGUCCCCAUGAUCAUGAUUAUCAUCAUCUACAACAGCACAAAGAGCAGCAACAUGAGCAAGUUAUCCGCUUCCAGACUAGGAGGGAGAAGAUCUUGAGCUACUUCAGCAGUUGCAUAAAAGCAUUUCCAUCUUGCAAAUGCGGAAGAGUUCUCUAAAUGUGUAUAUGCUUAUGGAUAUGUUUUUCUGAUGUCAAAAAAACUGGUAUCAUCUUUUACAUAAUAGAGAAGGAUUGCUGCUUUAUGUUUUCUUUUGUUUGUGCAACCAUUACCCUUUCGGGAAGUAGAUAGCACUACUCAAAUCAUGCAUAAAAAAA